AUGGUGUUUUGUUUAAAACACAGUGAUUUUAUUGAUGAUUUAAUUGACAUCAUUUUAGAAGCACUAACCAAUACCGGAAGUACUAUUCUUAAGAGAAUUGCUAGACUAUACCUUUUGUCUGAUGUAAUUUCAAACUGUAAAAUUAAAAAUGUAACGUUGAAAAUUCAACAUCAAGAAGAAACUUUAAUAGAAGUGUUUAAAAAUUUAGAAACUUUUAGAAACAGUUUAAGUACUGCAAACUUGAGAGACCAAUUUUCCUCUCGUGUACUUGCUGUAAUCGAGCACUGGCACAACUCAAACUGUUUUAGUGAAAAUUUGAUACAAACUAUAAGAUCAAUAUUCUGUUCUGCUGAUAUUCUAGAAGAAGAUGAUUCUAGUAUAGAUGAACCUCUAGAUGGUGCUAGUUUGCUGAAGAGAUAUCAUCCUGAUAUGGAUCCAAAUAUAAUUAUAGGAGACAAUCUCAAAGCAAAGAAGGAGAAGUCUAAAGAAAAUGAUGCAAGUAUGUAUUUUGUUCCUUCUAAAUGGGACAAAUUAGAUUCUGAAGAUGUAGACAACCAACCUUCUUUAAUGGAGAAUAUGUUUCACAUGGAAUUUGAAGAUUCUAAAAAAGCAGAAAUAAUCAAGCACCCAGCAUAUUCUGAAGAUGAUAAGAAAUAUGUUUCUAAGAACAAGAGGUGUCUGAAGGACAUUGAAAAGUGUUCUAAAUAUUCUAAAAAAACAGGAAAAAGCAGAGAUGAGGUAAAACUUGAAGAUGUAGAUGAUGAACCUGACUCUGAGAAUGAGAAGUAUGUGAGGGAUCUAAAAAAGACAUCUAAACAUUCUAUAAAAUCAUGUAGCAAGAAGAAGAAAAAGAAGAAGGAUAAGCACAGAUAA